CCCGGGAUGGCGGCGUGAGGCGGCGGCACCGCGCCAACAGCCUGACCGCCUGCCUGCUGGAGGAGUUGCUGGAGACUGUUCUGGAGCAGAUCUGAUUGCUGCUGCUGCCACAAGGCCCCAGCCAGCCAGUCACAAUGUACUGCCUUCAGUGGUUGCUACCCGUCCUGCUCAUACCCAAGCCCCUCAACCCAGCGUUGUGGUUCAGUCACUCAAUGUUCAUGGGCUUCUACCUGCUCAGUUUCCUCCUGGAACGGAAACCUUGCACGAUUUGUGCCUUGGUCUUCCUGGCAGCUCUAUUCCUCAUCUGCUACAGCUGCUGGGGGAACUGCUUCUUGUAUCACUGCACAGGAUCCCAGUUGCCGGAAUCAGCUCAUGAUCCCAGCAUAGUGGGCACCUAGAAAACAACAAUCUUCCAGUCUGCUGAGGGCUCUUGUUUUGCUUUUAAAAAGGGGGUGGGCUAGGGAGGAGGGAGGGGGUGUUAGGCAUGUGACUGGAGUAAAACCAGCCUGUUUCCUGUAACUUUGUGUGGACUAGAGUGGUGAAUUCCUCCCACUCUGCCUGUGAAAUUUGACUUGUUUACUGUGUGAACUCUGGCAGCACCACCUGCUUUUUUAGAAGCAGAAAUCUUUUUUUUUUCCCUUCCCGUAUCACCGGGAAUGGACACCAGCCCUCCUAACUGAGAACUGGUGGAGGACCGAGCUGCUGGUGGAGGACCAAGCUGCUGGCCCUCUGCCCAGCUGUUGCACGGUGGUGGAGUUGCGUGUUACUCACUUGUCUGCGUUAGGCCAUGGUGGUCUAAUUCAGGGCUCUUGGCCCACUGAUUCUGCUCAAGUAGCUACAAGAUUCUCCCCAUCUUCUCUUUGUGGGGAGCCAGCCUUCCCGUCUUGCUGAUCAAGGGCAAGCUCUACAGCUCACAGAUGCACUUGGCCAAAAGCUGCUGGAGCCAGAGGCAGUUGAGUCAUCUCCUCCUGCUCAGCCUGCCAAAGAGAUGCGUGCACUGCCGAAGUGCUUUCUGAACUACUUAUGCUCCGAGAUCAUAGCCUGAAAGCCUCAGUUAUGAUGCUGCUUUUAUAAAGCCUCACAGGUAGUAGCGACUGUCUCUUCCCUUCCUCCUAGAUUUCUAGGGUUUACCGAGGUAUUGACUGUUGGGAUAAAGAACCGUUAUGCUGCAAGAUGUGGAGUUUUGAAAGCCACUGUGAACCUCACCCUAUAAAACCCAUGCUAGCCCAAAAAGCCAGGUGUGGGCAGGGCAGGAGAAAAUCCUGAGGUGGAGGCAUGGCUUGAAGCAGUAAAUGCUUCAACCAUUUUCAGUGAGAGUGUUUUUGGGCCAAGGGUGACAGAAGGUGCUGGUGCUACUGACUGGAGAAGGGAGGAGGCUAGAGGAGCACCUGGUGUCUCCACCUGCCCUGGCAGAAGGAUGUCAAGAAGCCUAGGUGGUGGUGGGUCAGUCCUACAGCCACAGCUGUGCAGAACUCCACACUGCAUACACGACUGUGCAGCCACAGCUCUUGGAGCGCCCAACUUGGGGCAGAGGUUUGUUUGUGAGAAACCUUAGAGGUUAACACAAAAUACUGUCUCUGAACUUUAAAGGGUUCCCUCCCCUUUGCCAUCUGUUUGUCUUUACUUCAGUCUCAUAGUGGAGAGCAGCAGAAGUGGCUGUUGUUGUCCCAAGGAAGUUCAAGUUAUGAGGUUGUGAAACUUCCAGAGUAUUGUUUGUUCAUUGCACAGCUGUUCAAAAUGUUUAAUAAAGCUUUAUAAACUUUG